AUGGAUCAUUCGAGAGCGUCGUACGGUCGCCGCAAGGGCAUCCAGAUGGGCAACAUCCUGGGUGACCCCUUCGCGCUGGCCACAAUUUCCAUCGCUAUUCUUGUAUGGCUUCUUGCCUUCGCCGCCCUGAUUGUCGUAUUCGUCGAGACCAAGGAGAAGGAUAGCUUACCCAGUAAUUUCGUCUGGUGGUCUAUCGCCUACGAUUUGUUCGUCAUCUUGGGUGUUUUUACUAUCGUUGCUAGUGAUACAAUCCACACCUACCACGUUGCGCUAACGGCCUACUGCUCCGCUGGCAUGGCUCUGACCAGCAUCGCGGUGAACAGUCUGAUUCACAGCUCAGAGGCUGCGAAACAGGCAUCCGCUGCUGGUUUCAUUCUACUCGCUAUGCUCAUGAUUAUCUGGACCUUCUACUUUGGAUCCACGCCAUCCUCAACCCCCCGAGCUUUCCUUGACUCUUUCGCACUGACCAAAGAGUCCGCCAUCCUGCACCGUCAAACUAUGAGUGGCUAUGGAGGUACUGGCCGCCCUGAAACUUCCAACUCUGUGCAGCCUCCUCAAAUGUACACCUCUGCCCAAUUGAACGGCUUCGAAAACCCAUCCAGCGUUGGAGGCGCAUCUCAAAUGAACCGUGGCUCAGCAGUGCAACCAUACAACCACCCGUCGGGCCAGAUACAAAAGUCUGCAUCGCCCGGUGCUGAUGCCGAGGUCGUACCACCCACCGAAUACCCCUACCGCGCCAAGGCUAUCUACAGCUAUGAAGCCAACCCUGAUGAUGCCAACGAAAUUUCUUUCUCGAAACACGAAGUACUCGAGGUUUCCGAUGUCAGUGGAAGAUGGUGGCAAGCACGUAAAGAGAACGGCGAAACGGGUAUUGCCCCUAGUAACUACCUCAUCUUAUUAUGA